CACCUUGCAUUGAGCCCCGUUUCUUAUCUUUUCGCCCCUCUCUCCCUGCGUGCUGCAGCCAUGUGGCCCGCUGCUCUCGACCACCCCCUUCUCUCCUCCAACGAAAAGAAGCUACGAGGUGCUGGCGAGGGGGUCCGGCGAUGCCGAAACCGAAGCCGGCGACGUUGAAACCAGUGGUCAUGGGUUGUUACAACCAGCAGUGCCGACAUGAAGACGGAGAGGGGCUCCGGUGCUACAACCGGAAGCUUUUUUGCUAGAACCAGAUCCUGGAGAUGCUGGAACCAGCGCCCAUUUUUGCUGCAACCAGUAGCUGCCAGGGGUGAAGACAACGAGGUGCGGUGCUACUACCAGAGGUUUUUCUGCUGGAACCGGGCGGAGAAAAAGUUGCAACCACUAUUGAUUGGUGAUGCAACGAGACGGCGUCAAGAUGGGUUUUGCUGGAACCGGCAAAAAAGAAUUGCUGGAACUUGCAAGAAUUUUGCAGCGGCCUGCGUGACGGUGCGUCUUUUGCUGGAUUCAAUGUUUUUUUUGCUGCAACCGACAUGUGAUUUUGCUACCACCAACAAACUAAUGGAGUUUCUGUGUUUUUGCAUUUUUGCUGGAGGACAUGGUGGUGCGAGCCUAACGACGCCGACAAGCUGAGGCGGUGGCUCAGGGAUGUUGCAACCACGGUGCGGCGCGCUGGAACCGGCGGCAGGCAAGCUGCAUCCAUCAAUGAAACACGGUGACCAGAGAUGGGGCAAGUGGUGAGCACUUUUUUUGUCACGGGUGGCCGGUGAGCACAAGCAGCACAGAGGCGAGCGCGGGUGGCAGUUAUGAAUGAUUCAACAGUGCAGCGACGGGUCUAAAUUUGGGCCAGUCGGCCAGCGCCUAUUAGUUCCCUUAAGCGAAAGCGGCCUCUGCCCCCAACCCUCGCAGCCGGGAUGGUGGCCGACCUCGGUGAGGAGCAGCGGAGUAGCGCCGUCGCUUCCGCUCGUGGCAGCCCUGCUCGGCCCAGAUCCGGGAGCCGCCGACGUCCAUCCGGGAAGGGGGCCGUCGCAGGCUGCAACACAUCCUGCAAAGCGUGGGCUGGCAACUGUGGUCUACGGCGAGGCAGCGGCGGCCGCAAAAUCAUCGAAUGCCGCAGGCCGCAUUCUUACAAAUCUACAAAGGAGACACGGAUCGAGCUUUCUUGGUCAGAGGGUACGAGGCCACCCUCACGCAGCAGGAGGAACUGCUAAAUCAGAACCAGUCGACACGACGCACAGUUUUUUCCGCAACCUGUUGUUUUCCGGAGGAGGAACUGUCAAGUCAGAACCGGUCAACAUGUUCAAAGCGGCGAAUGAUCGAAUGACAAGGGAUUUCUGGAUUUUCAUCUUGUCCAUGGGAGCUAUCACGGGUUACGGUGCGUAUAGCAAUACGCAUAAAAGAUCGGAUAAGCUAGGCACACAAAUGUAAAGAAGAUGCACGCACGGUCUAGAGAUCUCUGAUUUUUUUCUUUUUCAGGUCUGAAAGAUAAUGUAGCGUAUUUUUUGGAAUAUUGUGUUGUGAAUCUGUAAAAACUCCUGCUUCUGAAUCUCAAAUUACAUGAAUGUCGUGUGUCCCAAGAUUGGUAAA